GAAUCGCAGAGCUACUGAUGCUGAGGGUGAUGCUCCACAGCAAGUGUGUGUGACUGAACUGGGCGGGUCUAGACGAAGAUGCUUGAAGAUGCUGUUUUACUCGAGAGCAUUGGUUGUAUUUGAAAUAUAAUCAUAUUGCUUCGCUUUACAAUAACCUUAAGGGACGCUUUCGAGGACUGUGACUUAAAUUUAACCGAAGGCAGCAAAAGGAAACUGGAAAUCGACUUUGUUCAGCAAAACUGAAUUCAAAGACGUCGCGGCAGCUAUACAAACCGGUUGAUGUCAUUCAAUCUAUCUGUCUAUAUUUUUACACGAUCCCUCGUUUCAGCGACUUCUCUCUUUGUUAGUUUCACGACGGUUUUUGUAAACAAAAUCGAUGCGGGCCUUGUCUGAGACAUAAAGGCUUUUAUUUAUAUGGUAUUUAAAUAAACUAAUACUGUUUUUUUGGGAGGGCUCUAAUGUUUACUUUUGGUUUUGAUAUGGAAGUAAACGAGUGCUGUUAAUACAUCUGCCAAUAACGCUUUGUUUGGGGAAAAUAACACAGGCCUACACGUUUGCAUGCAUGCAGGCCAGUGUCUUCGUGACGGCUGAAGGAAACAAAGAAACACAAUUCACACAAGGACACGACAGCCGAUUGCAUUCAGAGAAUUGUCACCACAGGCCCGCUGAUCUUUAAAAAACAGCCGGUAGAUGUUUUUGUCCGCCGUCGUUUACAUCAGUAAGCUUUGCCGGUAUUUCUCAAUGUUUAGCUCUGACAGACUCACGGUUACCGAAUAUGUCAGUCGACUGCAUAGCCGGAGGACGAGCUCUGACCCCAAAGCCGUUUCUCCCGGGCACAGCACCGACGUACAGGCCGCGCUGGACGUCUCUCUCCCCGCGCUGCGCUCCGCCAUCAAAACGCUGAAGUCUUCCAGAGACACCUGCGAUGUGGACGACACCCGUCGCGCCAUCGCUGAAUGUUUCCAGCUGGUUGAGGAGGCCUGGAUCUUGCCCACCGUGGGUCGACAGGUGGCUGAGGAGAUCUGCAACAGAAUCAGGUUAGAUGGAGGAUUGGAGUUGCUUUUGCUGUUGCUACAGACGCCUGCUGUGGAAAUCACCUACGAGUCUGCAAAGCUCCUGGAACAGAUACUGGUCUCGGAAAACAGGGAUUACGUGGCACGUAUGGGCCUGGGUGUCAUACUUAACCUGACCCGUGAGCAGGAGGACGCCCAGUUGGCACGCAGCGUAUCGGGCAUUCUUGAGCACAUGUUUAAACACACGGAGGAUACAUCUGCCCAGCUCAUCAGUAACGGCGCCCUGGACACGCUUCUGUUCUGGUGCCGUGGAACGGACCCAACCGUGCUGCGGCACUGCUCCGUUGCCCUGGCUAACUGUGCCAUGUACGGCGGGAACCGCUGUCAGCGUCUGAUGAUAGAGAAACAGGCAGCUGAAUGGCUGUUCCCUCUGGCAUUCUCUAAAGAGGACGAGCUGAUCCGUUUCCACGCCUGUCUUGCCGCGGCUGUUUUGGCGGCUAAUAGGGAAAUUGAGAACGAGGUGGUGAAGUCGGGCACUCUGGAGCUGGUGGAGCCCUUCAUCGCCUCAUUAGACCCUGAUGAGUUUGCACGCAACCUGCUGGACAGCUCGGACAACAUGCAGGGCCGCACAGCUGCAGACCUGCAACACUUGCUACCCCUGCUGGACGGUACACGGCUGGAGGGGAAAUGCAUUGCAGCGUUCUACCUUUGCGUUGAGACCAGUAUUAAAUGCCGGCAGCGUAAUACCAAGAUAUUUCAGGAGAUCGGUGCCGUUCAGAGUCUUAAAAGAAUCGUCAUGUACUCCAGUAAUGCCACUGUGUGCUCUCUGGCUAAGCGGGCACUGAGGAUGAUGGGUGAGAGCAUACCGAGACGUGUCUUGUCAUCUGUGCCCAACUGGAAGAUGGGAGAGGUGCAGACAUGGCUGCAUCAGAUUGGCUUCAAUGCAUUCAGUGAUCAGUUUCAGGAGUUGCAGGUUGAUGGAGAUCUCCUGCUGAACAUCACAGAACAGGAUCUGAUUCAUGACCUAGGCAUGAAAUCUGGGCUAACUCGGAAGAGGUUUUUAAGAGAGCUGCGAGUGCUGAAGACCUAUGCCAACUACUCCACGUGUGACCCCAAUAACCUCGCUGACUGGCUGGCCGACAUAGACCCACGAUUCCGACAGUACACCUACGGACUAGUGCAGUCUGGGGUCGAUCGGAACAGCAUCGCUCACAUCACAGAUCAACAGCUGCAGUCUGACUGUCACAUAGACAACGGGAUCCAUCGCGCCAAGAUUCUAUCGCCUGCCCGCCGUCCCACCAAACCCUGCUUAACUGAUUCCCAGCCUGCUGGCCCUGAUGUGUUCAUCAGUUACCGUCGCACCACGGGUUCACAGCUUGCCAGCCUUCUAAAGGUGCAUCUACAAUUACGUGGAUUCAGCGUCUUCAUUGAUGUGGAGAAGCUGGAGGCCGGCAGGUUCGAGGAGAAGCUGAUCACGAGCGUGCAGCGAGCACGCAACUUCAUCUUGGUCCUGUCAGCCAAUGCAUUGGACAAAUGCAUGGGGGAUUCUGCAAUGAAGGAUUGGGUCCAUAAGGAAAUCGUCUCAGCUCUAAAUGGAAAGAAAAACAUUGUUCCUGUCACUGAUAACUUUCUGUGGCCUGAUCCAGCCUGUCUGCCAGAGGAUAUGAGCACCAUUCUCAAAUUUAAUGGCAUUAAGUGGUCUCACGAGUAUCAGGAAGCCACUAUAGAGAAGAUUCUGCGUUUUCUGAAGGGAGGCCCAAGCCAGGAGCAGCCAGAUACAGCAAAAACAGAUCAAAUAGAGCCACAAAAGAAAUGACAAAUUAAUAUGAAUAUAUCUUAAUACCGAAUAUACAGGGGUUCUUAGUAAUGGUCGCCGUGUAACCAGAACACUAUAGCCUGCCCCGUAUGCAUGUAGCUGAAUUUUCUUGGGAGUUCUUUCCAAAGAAUAUUCUGUGUUAUUUACUUCUUAAUGUCUGUAAGCAUCAUUUGUAGCUGUUUAUAGACAACAAAUUGUAAAUAACUUGGAAAGUUUCUUGCUAUAUUAACCGAUGGUGUCCCUCACAUACUAUUUAUUGACCAUUCCCCAAAAUCUAUGUGAGACAUUCUUUAACUCAGGAAGCUGAAUUUGAUUUCCGAAUUGUCAAUGCAAAAACGUAAUGGGCAUAGUCAAUCUCCUAUGUUUAGAUAUUAAUGAUGAGAUAAUCCUCGCUUCAGUUUCAUUAUUGGUUUAACAUGGACACAAAUGAAAAGCCUUAAAAGACUUCAGACAUACGUAGUGCUUUUGCUUCUUUAGAAAUUAAUUUGCAGCAGAGGUCUGGAAAUUGUAGAGCAGUUGAACAUAUGUUUGGUGCACCGGUUGUUACAUGUUAGUUAUUUUAUUAUGUAGCUGAUUUGCGUCACCCACUAGUCAAAGAACUCAUUUUUUCAACUGCAGAGAUUCUGUAUGUACCACAUCAGUUCAUGGAAAUAUUAUGUUCAUGACGCACCUCAUACAGUAUUAAAAAAUACUCUAAAACAAUAGUAACAUUACUCCAUAUGGAUUUUUAGUUUUUAGGAUUUGCCAGAAUAUGCAGCAAAUUUAAUUCAUUUUCAUGUUCACUGUGAAGAAGCAACGUAUGAAACAAUGAGCGAUGCUAUUGAACAUUAACAGUACUAACACCUCAAGAUAUUCUCAAAAGCUCCCUACUGUUGCCUUAUGAUGUUCUUCUGGCUUUUUAUGUGAAAUACAAAUUGAACAAUCAAAAUGACUUUUUUCAUAAAUAAACAGCAAUAAAUUUGUUUUUGGAAAACA